AUGUUCGAUACUGUCUGCAGUUAUCCUCUCAGCUCCGAUCUUUUUGCACAAGCGGUCCAUCCUACUGAACCACUGGUAUCCGUAGGGCUCUCGUCAGGCCACGUUCAGACGUUUCAUCUACCGCCCCCCUCGGAGAAUGGGAAGGCUGGAUAUGGGCAUAUAGACACUGUUUGGCAAACGAAGCGCCACAAGGGAAGCUGCCGGAGUGUAGCCUUUGGAAUUGAUGGCGAGAGCUUGUACUCCGCGGGUUCCGAUGGUUGGGUGAAAGCUGCGAGGACCGAAACUGGGAAGGUAGAGUGGAAGUUUGCGGUGCCAAGAGCUGGCGAUGGAUCGAGUUUACCUGUCGACAGCCCAUCGCUGAUUCACGCACUGUCUCCACAAACGUUACUUCUCGCAACCGACUCCGGGGCUUUACAUCUAUUUGACGCUCGCGAUCGCUCUACUGAAGUAUCUUCUCGGCCACAACAGACCCAUCAUCCACAUGACGAUUAUGUAUCUUCGUUGACACCCUUACCUCCUUCAGAAACAAGUACUUCUGGCUACAGCAAACAAUGGGUUACCACAGGUGGUACUACAAUCGCAGUCACAGAUCUACGCAGAGGGGUUCUAGUGCGAAGUGAAGAUCAAGGCGAGGAGCUCGUCAGCUCGGCCUAUGUAACUGGACUUAAAGCGGGAGGAACUAGCAAAGGGGAGAAACUAGUUGUUGGUGGAGCUAGUGGUGUGCUUACUCUCUGGGAAAAGGGUGCUUGGGAUGACCAAGAUGAGCGUAUCGUUGUUGAUCGUUCGAUUGACGGCGGCGAGAGCUUAGAGGUCAUUACAAACGUGCCCGAUAAUUUGGGGCAUGGAAAGAUCGUCGCAGUCGGCCUGGGUGAUGGGCACGUGCGAUUUGUGCAACUCGGGUCGAACAAAGUUAUAUCUGACCUAUCUCAUGAUGAUAUUGAAGGAGUUGUGGGCCUGGGGUUUGAUGUGCAAGGGAGGAUGAUUAGCGGUGGUGGCACUGUUGUGAAGGUAUGGCAUGAAGCUGUCAGUGAGGAGGAAGACAGCGAGGAGGAAUCAGACGAUGAAGUUGCUCAGAAUGGACAGCUUCCUGGGUCGAAGCGUAAAGUUCAGAACGGCAAGGACAGUGAUGAUGAUGAAGAUGACGAUAGCAGCGAGGAAAUGAACAAAAGGGAGAAAACGAAGCGCAAGAAGAGAAAGAGAGGCAAGGGAAAGGAUACGUCUAACGGCGUGCAUGUCAUGGCAUUCAACGACUUGGAUUAG